GCUUCAUGCAUUGAACUCACAUUGGUCAUCUGUUUUACACAUGAUAAUGUACAUGUUUCAAUGCUAUUUUAUCAAAUCAUUCCACCGUCUCCUUCUCCAACUGAGUCCAAGUCUGUUCUUUACGGCAAGACGGAUUUCUAUUUUCUUUUUCCUUUUUUUUUUAAAACUCAGAUCAGAAAUGCAAAGCCUGCCCUUUCUGCUGGCAUACCCGUGUAGGGGUUUAUGAGCAAAGUAAAGGAAGUGGGAUGUGGACCAUGUAUAAUUUAUUAGCAUAUUGAAAACAAGUUGAAUACUGUGCUGGACAGUAAAGGACCACAGAACAGCCCCAACAUGGGAGAAAGUACUGUUUCGUUGUAUCUCUGAAACCCUUAAGAAAAAGAUCUAUCACUUGUAAACCAUUUUUUUUUUUUUUUGUAUAACCUCAACUGCAUUUAAAUUUUCUGAUUCAGAACUCAGCCUUGUGGGCCCCCACACUGAAGAUCCUUCAGAAAAGCAUAAGUGAAUAUUUGAUUUGAAAAUCACCUACCGGAUGCUGUUUUAACCACUUUUGAAAUGGUCUAAAAAUGUACACAGAGCUCAGGCCCUUCGGAGACUUAGAAAAAGUCCAGGGACCUCAACCAAAUGGAGAUAAAUUUAGAGAUAAUGACAUACUAAGUUUGAGCAUGAGAAAUUCGCUCCUUUUCAGCUUCACUGAUGCAAGUAUUUUCAAUUCAAAAAGCAAGAGGUGUCCUCUGAUAAGUAGUUUCCUACAAUAGGAGUGAAUCAAAGCAGACACUCUUUAGCAUGAGUGCACUUAGGGGUCAUGGCUGUGCACGCUGCCAUGAUUCAACCCUGUUGAGCAAUGAGACGUCAGAGACAGGAAGCCGCCUUGUUUAUUAGAAGUAGGGUAACCACAGUCUCAGCCAACUGAGGAAGGUUCUGCUGGCACUUUCAUUCUGAAUAGCAAACCCUAGUGCAAGGAAAAAAAAAAAGCCAAAGUGUUUGGUAUAGGUGUUUAUAUACGACUAAAGAGCUCUUGUUUACUUCUUAAUUUUUUAUUUAAUUAAAAGAGCACAAUCCUUACAUUUCUUAUUCAGUAACAGUUAACAGUUUAGCAGGGCUCUGACAGAAGUCAAGGAUGAGAGGGCAUGGCCUGGAUUUCUGCAUAUUCGAAGUUUGCCAAAAAGGCAUACAAUGAAAUAUGAUCUGCUAAAGACUGUUGUGUAUUGUUUCUGACAAUAAGAAUAGAUGCAAAAUUCCUCACAAGAUUAUUGUUUGGCAGUACUGUUUUUGCAGGAGAUCUCAUAAGCGGGCAUCGGAGAAGGCAGUGGCACCGCACUCCAGUACUCUUGCCUGGAAAAUCCCAUGGACGGAGGAGCCUGGAUCAAUGUGACUCUAGAAACAAAUGGAUGAAUGAAUAUCCAUAUGAAGAGGAAAACAAUAAAGAAUAUCAACACCUUCGAGAACAGAAUGUUAAUGCUUGAUGGGAUGCCGGCAGUCAGAGUCAAAACAGAGCUUUUGGAAUCUGAGCAAGGGUCUCCAAACGUCCACAAGUACCCCGAUAUGGAAGCUGUUCCCCUGUUGCUAAAUAAUGUGAAAGGGGAACCCCCGGAGGACUCAUUAUCUGUAGAUCACUUCCAGACACAAACUGAGCCAGUGGACUUGUCCAUCAACAAAGCCAGGACAUCCCCUACAGCGGUUUCAUCCUCCCCCGUUUCCAUGACAGCGUCCGCCUCCUCACCUUCUUCAACUUCAACCUCCUCAUCGUCUUCUAGCCGUCCAGCCUCAUCCCCUACUGUUAUAACAUCGGUAUCUUCAGCAUCAUCUUCGUCAACAGUAUUAACUCCAGGGCCCCUCGUUGCCUCUGCCUCUGGUGUGGGAGGCCAGCAGUUUUUGCACAUUAUCCAUCCUGUUCCGCCUUCAAGUCCCAUGAAUUUACAGUCGAACAAACUGAGUCACGUUCACCGCAUCCCCGUGGUGGUCCAGUCGGUGCCUGUUGUCUACACAGCUGUGCGGUCACCUGGCAAUGUGAACAACACUAUCGUAGUACCACUUUUGGAGGAUGGGAGAAGCCAUGGCAAAGCACAAAUGGACCCCCGAGGCCUAUCUCCCAGACAAAGUAAAAGUGACAGUGAUGAUGAUGACCUGCCAAAUGUGACCUUAGAUAGCGUUAAUGAAACUGGAUCUACGGCCCUUUCCAUAGCCAGAGCAGUACAAGAGGUACAUCCGUCCCCAGUAUCAAGGGUCCGGGGAAAUCGAAUGAAUAAUCAGAAGUUUGCUUGUUCAAUCUCACCAUUUAGUAUUGAGAGCACAAGACGCCAGAGAAGGUCUGAAUCCCCAGACUCGAGAAAACGGCGUAUCCACAGAUGUGAUUUUGAGGGCUGCAACAAAGUGUAUACAAAAAGUUCUCACCUGAAGGCUCAUCGAAGGACACAUACAGGAGAGAAACCCUACAAGUGUACCUGGGAAGGCUGCACCUGGAAGUUCGCUCGUUCGGAUGAACUGACGAGGCAUUACCGCAAACACACGGGAGUGAAGCCAUUCAAGUGCGCAGACUGUGACCGCAGCUUCUCCCGGUCAGAUCACUUGGCACUGCACCGCCGGAGGCAUAUGCUGGUGUGAGGAAGGCUACUUGUCCAGCUGAGCGUAAGAGCUGGAUCUCUUAGCAGCACCCCAUUCAGCAGGGCUGGAUCCCCUUCACAGUGUUAACACAAAAGGGCAUCACCAUCCCACGAUGUCUGAAAGCAGAGCAGGAAAAAGAAGUGGUAACACUUCUCCUUUCGGUCUGAAGGUAACCCCCCCUCCCGUCACGACUACACGAGAAACGACUUCACGCUGGCCUGGGAGAUCGGUGACACAGAUGCUGAAGAGACAGGCAUUGUUUUCCGUGCUGUGUCCUCUGCCAUUUCAAGAUGUUUGUAGUUUGUACAUUUUCUGAGCUGUCAGACGUUUUGUUAUUGAUACUUUUAAAGGUCGUCUACCACAAAUUGAUGGCUAGAGCAAGACCUUGUAAAUUUGGAUGAUUCUCCCAUCAUCCCACCCCUGAUCCCCUUUUUACAAGUAAGAUAUUAAUAGAACCCACAUCCAGUCUGUUACCAGCAAGCAGCCUGAAAGUAGAAAAGAAGAAACUGUUGGAGAGGUUCCAUUACCUGGAAAGAAAGGAGCGCUCAGGCAGUCCUUUUGCAAUGGCCAUGAUGACCACUAGCUAUCACUGCGACUUGUCAUUAUGCCAUGCCCUGGAGAAAACCAACAUUGAUUCUUUUCAUCUGUUUGUUGUUGAUUGUUUUUGUUUUGUUCUGCUUCUGUUUUGUUCAUCUGUUUGAGCAGAGGGGCAGCGACAUUUCAGUUGGAGUCUAGUCCCGGUGUCUGCCCUGGCGUGGACGGGCACAGAGUCGUUCUGUAGUUGAAUAGGAAGAGCCUGUCUAAAAAAACUACUGCCCCACUUCAAAUUGCAGUGUUCUGUCAGCUAGGCAUCAUCUCUUCCUGCCCCUAGUAUUUGAUUACAAGGAAUCGGGGGAAAAAAAACUUUCUUAGACACACUGGCACCAAGGUAAGAGGUGGGGCGGCCCAGGCAAAGUCAGUGAACAUGAAAAAAUCAGACAAAGCAGAGAUGGAAAUAAUGCGCCUCUUGAGGAGAAAAGCAAUAACGAAUAAAAGGACUUUCCUACAAUCACUUCACUGAGGACUCACGUUACCAAUUUUCAUACUUACUAAAGGGACUGUAAAAACACCCCAGCAUUUAGAGGUCUUGGCUACAUUUACAGCACUGAGGUAAUCUUUCUGCUGUUUGUUGUCCUGCUUGGUUGAGUACCACAAUUAAAGAUUAUGCUCCCCCUUUUCGUGUUUGAAAACAGUCAUUUGGUGACUAGAGAGGCCAUGAAGGCAUAGCUGGGAAUUAACUGUUGGGUGAAUGGGUCAGUUCUCCUUGGAACUGAGUCAGUGGGAAGGGAAUGCUCCCCAAGGAAAGCCUGACAUGGUGCUAGUUUCCACCCUUGGAGAGCCAAGGAUAAAUGACUCUCCAAUAGGUUCUUCUCUAUAGAUUUCAUUUUCUAAACUAUAUUAGGACCCAAUACAAUGGCAUCUGCAGGGAUGAACCCACUCAUCCUGUGCUGAGGGUAAGAGGAAAUUAUAGUCCCAUAAACCCCCUUGAGUUAUGAGCCUUUUUUGCAACUAGUGAAGUCUAUAGUAAACAAAGCAAUACAUCACCAAUGAGCAUUCUUUCAGAAAAAUUACCAUAUUUUUUUCCCCCACAAAAAGCUGAAUUUUUUCAGCUUUCUGUAGCCAAGGGGCUUGGUAAGGUUUUAUUGUCAUUGCUGUUAUUGUUAAGAUUUUUUUAUAGCUUAGAUAUAAGAAGUUGCCAGCAUAGACCUUUGCAUUAUAUUUUAAUUACAAACACUUGAUUUGGGAAAUUGCACAAAUUAACCUCACAAUAUUACUAGCUCAUUUUUAAAGAUUUGAACAUUCUGAAAUAAUUUCUGGUUCUAGAAAUAUCCUCUUUAGGAUUGUCUUCUAAUUCAGAUAAUCUUAAUUCUGAUGAAGCAAAAAACUAGAAACAUUGGAACAAGGAUAACUUGUGUUGGAUGGCAUUAAAAGGAAUGUUUUUAAUGUUCAAGCAAGAGCAUAAUGAUUUUCAGGUCAAAUUCUGUCUUCAAAAAUACAUGCUGUAUAUUUUCUGCCAGGUCUGAAAAAUUCAUCAGGCAAUUUCCCUCCAACAAGGGCUGCAGUUCUAUGGAUAAAUAGUUUCUGUAGCUACACAGUGUACUGCCCACCAAGCACUGGGUUUAUGGCUUUUUGUUUUUUUUCUUUUACACCAACUGGAAAGUUUUACCUGUACUGUAAGCAACUCAUGCAUUUCAUUGCCUGUGACCAUUUUGAAUAGAAAGGCCAGUGUUGGUUACUGGUCAGUGGCAAAGAACACAGAGCAUGGUGAACACAGCUGUGAAGCCCUCUACUAGUCCUAGAAUUUAGUUGGCAGGUAAUAGGUGAAUCACUUAGGUGAAGGGCAGAUGAUUUAAUUCUGCUUUCUCUCAUAAGAGGGGCCAGUCCUUUUCUCUGCUGAGAGAUCCUGAGAGUGUUCCAGGUAGAAAUGGUUUUUAGAAUUCAUAGAACUGACAGGCAGUAGGAGCUUCCUCAGUGACAGCUUGAUUUAAAUUUAGCACAGAAUGAGAUGAGCUGCUCCCCUCUAAUAGCAUAGGAAAAAUUAAGGGACGUGAGCUUGUCUGCUUGCCUUCUGAAGGUGGGAACCCAACUGAGACAGUAAGUUUACUGAUAAAACCUGUCAGCAUUAUGCCAUUUCCCCCUUUUGAUGUAUUGAUACUUCUAAGGAGGGAAUCCAAGCACAAGUAGUGAAUGAGUUGCUGAUCUGGUCCCAGACUGAAACUUACCUGAGGCUUGUCUUGAAGCAUAGCAAAUAAUCCUUGGUGAAUUUUCUACAAGUGUUUCCCCAUAGAAAGGAAGGUGGUUUGGAAGAGAAGGAAUUCCAUUUGUAAAUAAGAAUAUCUUCAGGCACGGAAAAGCCUCCUGCGUCUCAUCUGAUGUCUGUUCUAGCCUGUUUUAAAAAGCACAGUAGAUGAUUAACAGCAGAAAAGGAGUAAAAUGCAAAGAAUUUCUCAGUUGUACCCUAACUGGAUGCAUUCUUUGGUGUUAAAUUUGAAGUCAUUCAGUUUGCAGCUGGGCAUAUGUGUAUGUUUGGGAAUUUAGACACAGGUAGUUAUAAUGGCUUUGGAAGCUACAGUUGACCUGACUGUCUCUUUGCAUUGUAGAGAUUGAGUUCAAGGAAGUUAAUGUUAUUUGAAAAGUUAAGAAGUUCAGACAUUGAAGUUUUAAUAGAUUCCCUCCUCAUUUUCUGAUCUUAGAUUGUUUGUGUAAAGAUUCACACUUCCCCAUCUUAGUUCCAGCCCCAUCCCAUCAACUGCAUGUGGACUUUGAGAAGCCUGCUUGAUAACUUGUCUUAAGUUUUAUUAAGGCAUUUAGAGUAAAAUUUCUAAUGGCUUUACCAUAAAAUUACACUGUUGCCUGGAAUUACUUUUAUGGAACACUAUGGGACAUUUAUUUUCAAAGGCAGUUGAAUAACAGUAACACAAACCACAUUUUUUAUUGCAAAAAAAAAAAAAAAAGAGCACUUUUUAUUCACUUUAAAGUUUAAGUGGAAAAUAGAGGAACUUCAGGUGAAAAAAACUUGCAAAAUACUACAGUGUUUACAAAUGCCAGUUCUAGAUGAUUAAAAAGGCCAUUCUCAUUAUGGUUGAAAUUUGGAUCAGCUUCUACAAAGAUUGUGUUCAUUUUUAUGCAAUUGUUUUAACUUCAAAUUGCUAUUUGUGUUUUCAACAUAAAUACAAUUCUGCACUUUGAAAUUAGUUCAUUAAAGUGAUAACAUAUAUAUGGAUAAAGAUGCAGUAUUCCUUACUCUGUACUUUAUUUAUUAUACUUACCAAAGUUGCAAUUGAGUAAAUCUGGUGAGGUGAGGCCUUCAAAUGUAUUAAUACGCCUUUGUUAUAUUGUUAUGACUGCUUAGAAGUGUAGCCAUGAUGUUGUUAUAAAGGUGUCUUAAUGUUUAUAGUGAGGAAUGACAGAAUUUCAGCAGUGUUAAGAAUACCAGCGUUCGUGAUAUGUUGAGUUACAGUCUUUGUAAAGGAUUGAGCGUGAGAUAACUCAUGUGAAUCUUAGUAGGCCCAGGAAGCCUUAAUAUUCAUAGUCCAUAAUCCAAUCUCAGAUUUUACUCCUUACUGUUAAAGCGUGUAAACUUAGGAGGUAAAUGUAUUCUACAAUUUCAUUGAUCAUAUCUCUUCCUUCAACUUUUCUGAGGUAGUGCAUUUCACACACACAAAAGAUGUUUCCAUUUGAUUUGGUUUGGUUUAGAAAAGGGGUUUGGUAAGCCAUGUCUUCCAUAUCACAUUUCUCCAUAUCCCCACAAUGCCUUCCACUUACCUGUACUGGCAGCCCCAACACAUGCACACCUGUAUACACACUUGUAUAUGCAGCAGCCAGUGGACUAAUAAAUAUCAGCAAAGAACUUUUUUAAAAAGAAUGAAUUUGUAAUAAUCCAUGCUGUCUAGAAAUGUAAGUUAUUUACCUUAUUAGGGAAUCAGCUUAUAAUGCUAUAUAUGACUUUGCCUGCAUUUUAUAGUUAAGAAGUGUACAUAAAAAUUUUAAAUGCUAUAUUUUCACAGUUUCAUUAUAGAAUAAUGUCUGUUUAGCAACCCAUGUCCAUUGGUACUUUAAAUAUGCUAAAUACUGUGCAAUUGCAAUAGAAAUUCAGAUUUUCAUAAGAAAAUGAAAUAGGAUACUGCAUCUUAAAAAAAUAGAGUGAAGAUAUUUUACUGUAUUAGUAACAUAUGUGAUAGUGGAAAAAAGUAUUUUCAAACUCACAAAUUUUACAGAGGUUGUAAAUAGUUUGAUGAAGUAUGUUGGGAAAAAGAGCUUCUAGUUUUCAUCACAAUAAAAAAAAAAAAAAACUUGUUCAGAUAUGCCUUGUGUAUCUUACACACAAUUAGUGAUGUUGCCAUGGGGACUCUGUUCUGCCUUGUCAGGGCAUAGCCCUUGUGCUCCCUAACAAAAUGGAGUGGCCACUUGUCUCAGUUUAGCCAGGAUGGUUUAGAAUGCAGUGAAGUCAUUUUAAGGUGCAGCACACUGAUUCCAGAUGCAUGCUCUUUGCCUGCAAAGAGGAAAGCAGCAGCACAGGAUUUCCUUGUGUUAAAAAAGCAUCUAGCAGUUGUUCUUUUUUCUCAGUUACCUUCCUCCUCGAUGCAGUAAUUCUUGAUCAAAACAAACGCACACCCUCUGCAGGUGUUUGUUUUCGUUAAAGCCCACAGAGAGUACUUUUAGCAGUAGCUACCUGUUGACAAGAUGAAUGCUAUGGAUAUGGCCACAUGUGAAAUGAUUCUAUACUGGCAAUAGGAAUAAACUAAUGCCCAUUUUCAGAAAUGAAUUAAAAGCUGAAAGUGCCUGUCAAUAAAUUUUAUGACCAAUGAGAUAUUCCUGUACUUUUACACAGCAAUAAUUCUUUAUCAACCUGGGUUUUUCCCCCACCUUUGGGAAACACGCACACAGAGAAAAUGUAUGCACACAAUAAAUUGAAUCUGUUCAUAUACGCCCUCCAAAAUUGUUUGGUGUGUUCUAAAUAUAUUUCAUCUUGCUUAUGUUAGCAUUUCUUAAUUUAAUCUUUCUUACAGAGUAUAGGAACACCUGUCUAAACUUAUUAUCUCUAGUAUACAUCCUGGCACGUGGCAUUUAUAAUUUUGAGAUGAAAACUUCACUGUGAUUUGUCCGAAACUUAUGAAGCACUUGUUUGUAGUCCAAAAAGUUUUGCUCAGUUAACAAAAGCCAGUUUAUUAAGAGCAAAACACUAUAGACAUUUGUUCCUUUUCCUUUAUUUUAUCCACUAAUAUCAAAUGCACAAACUUAUACCUUUCUUCAUUUCCCUUCCUCCUAAUAUUUCCUGUUGUCAUCUAAGAACCAUUUUGGAGUGAAUAUUAACACAAUUGUUUCUCCCCAAAUGUCCACUGAAGUAAAACUGACAUGUAGUAAGCCUAGCCUUGACCAAGGUUUACAGUUAGUCCUGGAAAUGACCAGAUUUACAUUCAGAACAUCACAAUGUGUUCCUACCAUUAUUUUACUGCUAAAUGUCAAGUCGUGAAUAGGACUAUACAGCAUAUUAUAUGAAGAGACAAGAGCCCUGGAAAUUCUCCAGUCCCAUCAUUUCAGAGCACAAAUCCAUCCAAACGAGCUAUCAAGGGGUAUCAGUAAAAUUAUACUCUUUCAGAGCCAAACAUUUGGUAAGAGCAAUUUUUAAAGUAUAACUGUGAUUAAACACUCAGGCUUUAGACAGUGAAGACUACCAUGAUGGACAGUGUUCUCCGGAACCAGACCACAGGAUUAUUAAACCAUCUCCUGUUUCCCCCUCUACGUUUCAGAACAAAAAAGAAAGAAGUAUGCUAGAUGAGGGUAUAAAAUAAUGAUCAACGUGUCAGAGUAACACUGCUGCAUUCCUUAAUCAUACUGAAGGCAAGUUUUUUGACUGGGCUGUUUUCUGCAAGUUGUCUGAAAGUACUAAAAGAACUUGAAAGGUCAGAAGUUCAGCAAACCAUGAAAAUACUAGCUGUUCUUUAGUAAAUCCUUACUAUAUGCCAAGCAGUAUACUGGGUAAUUUUUAGACAUAGCACCUCUCGUGUACAACAGUUCUAGAUUUCAUGGAUGGGAAACCAAGGCACAGAGAGGGUGGCUGAGUUGUCUGCAAACAGAAAUCAGAGUAGGAGUGGAAGUUUACCUCUCUCAGGCUCCAAAGCCUCUAUUCUCCCUGAGGCACUGCUACACCUGUGUUCCCAAGAGCCAGCUUUCCAUAUCUAACCCUUAAGUAGUUUUAUUAGGGAUGUGUAGUCAUCAAAUUUUCCAAAUAGGAUAUAAGGACAUGAUUUGACAGUGGUACAUAACAUUUAAAAUCAGUCUUCUGAAAACUCACACAUGGGGAAUCAUUAUAAACAAACACACCAACUGGCUAUCUCCCUGGACUUCUCACCUGCCUCUGAAAUGUUCAACCUGGAGAUCCAGAAUCAUGUAAACACUUGGUGGCUCAGACGGUAAAGUGUCUGCCUACAAUGUAGGAGACCUGGGUUCGAUCCCUGGGUCGGGAAGAUUCCCUGGAGAAGGAAACGGCAACCCACUCCAGUACUCUUGCCUAGAACAUCCCAUGGAUGGAGGAGCUUGGUGCAGGCUACUGUCCAUGGGGUCGCAAAGAGUCGGGUAUGACUGAGCGACUUCACUUCACUACCUGAUGGCAUUUUAGAGCAGAUUUUCUUGAUUCUACAUAUUUCUUUAUAGAUGGAAUAAAGGGUUUUCCACUUGUGUAGACCUUCCAGAGUGUGUUUAAUUUGCAUUUGAAAGUUACCUCCAUGGAACUAGUUGUUGAUAACAAGAGUUGACUUUUGGUGGUUGUAAAUGGGCUGGCAGUCGGGAACAUUCAGAUGAUGAGCGAGAAGGGAGAACGGAAAAUUCCUUUUCAGAUUUCUCACCUAACAGUACCACCUUGUAAUGUUUUCAGUAGUCUUACAAAUAAUUUGCCUGUAGUAGUAUUGUUAGUUUAAUUGAAUUUUAUCUAGGAAGCUGUCCAACAUCAGAGAAAUGACCCCCCCACCCCCCUUUUCUAUGUAGAGCACAUUUUCUUGACAGUAUUGAUUCAUGGAAGUACUAAUGGACUUAGAAAACAUUUGGAGAAUGUCAUUUCUCAUGAUGUUUCUUUUUCUGAAAAUGAAUCUCCUGAAUUACAAUCUUUCUCCCUGUUAUUUGGCUGAGGGAAGAGAUAAAACUUGUGUAAACAAAUUUCCUCCCAUGCUGAAAGCAAGUGUUUCGUGUGCACACAACUCGCUGCAGAAAAGGGCUCUCUCAGUUAAUUGGGUUUCAAAACAAGCAAUAAUUUCUCCACAGCAAAACCACAACUUUAAGCGAGUUGAAAAGAGAUGAAUAGUGGAAAUAGUCACAUCGGUACUUUAUCUUUCUGGAUUAUAUCUCUAGAAAUUUUAAAUGUUUGAGGCAACAAAGUCUGCCCUUUGUGCAAAGCAAGAACCAAUGACUCCUUGUGUGAAUUAGUAUAUCUUGCUUUUUCCAAAUGCAGGUUGAAGACGAGGGUAGAAUUUGGAUCAAAUUCUAGUCAAAGUGCUCAAGUAAUCAAAAAGUAGGAUAUUUUAGGGACAUAUCAACAUCUUCCCUUUUUGUUAAUGUCAUGCUCCUAAAAUAUAGCAUAAAACAUUUUAGAAAAUGAUGUUGCCCUACUUGUGUUUCUAGUUUUCCCAUAGCAGAAUUUUGUAUUUACAUCCAGACUACAGGAUGUAUUUUGUCCCUCAGAACUUGAUUAUAUUGGAUGGGUAUAGUUGAACUGGGGCACUGGUGCCUAUAUUCAAGGCUCUUUCCUAUCAACUUGUCUGUCUACACUUUGUUGUGUUUAAAAAUUCAUUAAAAAAAAACAAACCACCAUCCCUACCCCCGCCCUAUGGAAUGGUGGCCGUAUUGUUUUGUUCAUGUCUGUGUGGGACACAUUGCAUCACAUGGCAAACCAACUCCCCGUGGAUGUGAGAUAACUACUUACAAAACCAGCUUGAAAACAUCGUCUUCUGUAUUAUGUCAUCCUGUAUCAUAAUGCAAUUAUGUGUAUCAUAACGUGCUCAUUUUAAAAAAGAGAAACCAGCAAAUUCAUGUUUGUCCAUAGAAGAAUGUAUUCAGAACUUUCUGUGUUGUGAAAUGAUGAGAACAGACCACGUUUAAGAUAUACCCACCUGCCACUUAAAAUGACUUAGUUAUAAUUAGUAGUAGUCUAGACGUUGCUCUCAGUGUGUGGGGGUCAGUUCAAACGUCAUCCUCUUUUGAAUAAAUCUCUCGGUGGUAUUUGAAAAAAUACAUGGGAAUAAAGAAAAAUAUCAUCUUUGGCCAAAUCAAGCAGGCAUCUUUUUCCUUUCCUUGACACUUAGCUCAUUCUACUUGGUGAUUGGAUUACAAGAGCUGUGUAAAAAAUACAAAAACAUCCUUUCGUUUACAAAACAGUUAUUCUAGGCUUGAAGCCUCUGAACAGCAAAUCAAAUAGAUGUGCUGCGUCUGAUUCACGUAUGUAAUUUUACAAAAGGCUCCUGGGUCUCUGACCCUGGAGAGUUAGAAUACCCAGAGGAGGUCCUCUGCAUUAAAGGAUUAAAACCCCCAAGGAUGCUGGCAAGCAAAUAUAUUAAUUUCUUAAAUCUUCAUUUGGUUUUCUGUUCAGAGUUUUAAUUGCAAAUGAAUUUAUUUCUCCAGCUUAUCUAAAGAUCUAAUUUCCCAAUAGUUUCCUCUGCAUUUAUAUACUCUGUAGUGUUUAGGCAACCCCUGUUAUAAGUUUAUUAAUAUUAUGUAAGUGUUGUUCUUGUAUUUAUGUAUAGUGUAUGUAUUGUAAAUAUACUCAGAGCUUUUUUCCUUUUACUGUAAAAUGGUGAUCUUUUUUUUUUUUUCUUGCCCUACGAUAAUGUAAAGGGAGACCCUCCUAAUGAGAUUCUCUCAGAGGAUGAUUAUUCCAGUCUAUUCUCAGAGAUUUAAAUGAACAAGUGUUAUCGUUUUUAAUGGUGUCUCAGACAUAUUCUGUUGGUGCAUUGCUUUUCUGUAUUCAACUUUCCUAUGAAUUGAGCUGUGAACCGAAAUAGAGUUUAAACCUUUAACUGUAUGCAUUUGUAUAAUUAUCUGAAUGAAGGCAUGAAGGUUAAAUAAAGCAUUUUGUAUGGAACGAAACUCCCUAAUUAUUACUAAGGCUGAUUCAGACACUUUGGAAAUCAUAGUUAUUACCAUACUAAUUAAACCUUUGUUAUGAAAAGUUUUA